CUAGAAGAGGAGGAAGAGCAAAGAUGUAAAGGUCUAAAACCUAAACCAGCUGACGAUGUUUUGGAUGAAGAGGGACCUCGUGAUUUGCUUAACUCGAAUAGAACCACUGCAGACAACGAGGGUAAUGAGGGUGAAGGAUUAUUUUUUUUGAAUAUGUUAUUGCUGAAUAAUGAUUAUUAUUUAAAAAAGUCUCACGAACUCGUAUCGUAUCUUUUUAGUCAUGGUGAUCUUAUAUAUGUAACUUUUGAAGACGGCGCGAAACCAGGCACUUCAGCAGUUUUCUGCUGGAAACGGCUAGCAUCAACAGUAGGACCAUUUGAGCCAACAGCGAAUACCAGUUCAUCAUCAGCAUUGAAUGUAAAGCAAGAAGUUGUGGAUGAUUAUCUAGAGAAACAGUCUGGUUUUAUUAAGCGAGGAUGUGCUCCGAAAUUGUACGCGUGA